AUGGAAAGCACUAAAAAGCAUGUAGUGAUUGUGCCAUUUCCUGCACAAGGCCAUGUGAAUCCUGCAAUUAGGUUAGCAAAUCUGUUGGCUGAUUUUGGACUCAAGAUCACAUUAUUCACUACAGAUUCUAUAGGCUCAAGACUCUCUAAAGAGUCAAAAAAUUACAGCAAUAUUGUUAUUUUCUCUUUUCCUGAUGGAUUAGCAAAAGAUGAAACAAACAGACAUGCUGGGAGGAUAAUAAUGGAGAACUUUGUUAAAUUAAUGCCUGCUUACUUGACUGAUUUUAUUAACAGAGUACAACGUCAAGAAGAAACUAUUGAUUGUAUCAUUUCUGAUAAUAUUUGGGCUCUAAAGACUGCAAAAAUGAUGGGUUUAAAGACAGCAUCUUUUGUACCGGUUGGUUCAGCAGCUUUAGCUCUCGGGCUUCGGAGUUCAGAGCUUCUUCAGGCUGGCAUUGUUGAUGAUGAAGGUACUCCAUUGAAGAAAGAAGAGUUUCUUCUGUCACCACAUUUACCAGCUCUUACCAAUACUGAUUACAUGUGGAAUUUUCCAGGGGACAAAUUAUUUCAAAAAUUCUGGUUUCAACUUUUUAUCAGUGUUGAAAAAUAUUUGAAAGAAUCAAACUGGGUUUUAGGCAAUUGGUUUCAUGAUCUUGAUCCUUCAGCUGAUGAUUUACUUCCAAAUGUAAUACCAGUUGGUCCAUUACUUUCAAGUAACAACUCUUCUGGAAGCUUUUUUUCUCAAGAUUCAAGUUGCUUGACAUGGCUAGAUAAACACCCUCUCCAAUCAGUAAUCUACAUUGCCUUCGGUAGCACUACUAAAUUCAAUCAACAGCAGUUUGAAGAACUAGCAAUUGGCCUUGAACUCAUAGGAAAGCCAUUUUUAUGGGUUGUUAGACCAGAUUUUACCAAUUGGAUGACUACUGAGUAUUUUGAUAAUCUCCAAAAAAGAGUGGGAAAUAUUGGCAAAUUGGUUGAAUGGGCUCCACAAGAGAAAGUACUGAGUCAUCCUUCCAUUUCUUUUUUCUUGACUCACUGUGGUUACAACUCAGUUCUUGAAAGUAUUAGUUUGGGUGUUCCAAUGCUGUGUUGGCCUUAUUAUGCAGACCAUUUUUACUAUAGGAGCUGUGUAUGCAAUUCUUGGAAGGCUGGUUUGGAGUUGAACCCUAAUGAGAAUGGGAUAGUCACAAGGCAUCAGCUCAAAACGAAGGUUGAUCAAUUGCUUGCUAAUAAUGGGAUAAGGUCUAAUGUGCUCAAACUCAAAAAAUUGGCUCAAAAGAGUAUUGGGAUCAAUGGAUCUUCCUAUCAAAAUUUGGCAAAGUUUGUGGAACAACUCAGUGAUUGAAGAGGGUUGCUCUUUUUUCUAGGUAUAAGUAAUGUAUGGCCUUAGAGGCAAAUAAAAGAGAGGCCUCCAUCUCUCCAUGUUCUAAUUAUAAGAAAUUUGGAUGCUUUAGGUUAUGGUUGUUACUAAGAAAGUUCAAUAAGUGAUAAUCUGUAUAACAUUAAACAGAUUUUCAGUA